ACAACAGUGCCCAACGAAAAUCCCUCGUUCUUUAGGAACUCGAAUUCUGUCCGGAUUCGAAAGGCGAAUCCUUGGCAUCCAAGGGACUCCUGUCAAUCUAAACACAUAAAUCUAGGGUCAAACUAAAUCCUGACCUCCCUCUUACGUUUCAGAACUGCCGGAUCUCUAGGAAAGAACAAAAAUGUCGAGCUUUCCACCGGAUUUAAGCAGGGAAAUCCUCUGCCGUUUGGCCGUGAAGGACGUUGGUCGCUUCCGAUGCUUUUCAAAGCUAUGGUGCUCUCUAAUUGACACUACUCCAUGUUUCCGCAAGCUCCAUCUCUCCCUUUCCCCCUAAAUCCUACCCCAAUCUAGCUAUUAGCUAUCUUCCAAGAAGAUGAGAGCAACUUGAUCAAGUUCCUAGACUUGGAAUUCUCAUCACUUCUUCUCCCUAGAAUCAUACCUAACCAACCUCGCGACAACACAAAUUGCAUUGUGGGUUCCUGCAACGGGUUAGUUGCACUGUGCAAUGAAGGAAAUAUCAUUACCCUUUGGAAUCCCUUCACCAGAAAUCACGGGAAUUGCCCCAAAUAACAUGACUUUGUCAGAACCAAAGUAUGAUACCAAGUCAUUUGCUUAUGGAUUUGGUUAUGACCCUACCACGGCUGAUUACAAAUUGCUUAAGGGUGCGCGCUUCAACUACAUCUACAGCUCAGAUUAUCCCACUUCUUGCUCGAAAGUUCUGAUUUAUAGUUUGAAGAGUAAUUCUUGGAGGCAAAUCAGGGGCUGUCCUUUUAAUUGUGGUUGGCCAGAGAAUGAUCCUGGAAUUCUUGCUGAGAAUUCAAUGCAUUGUGAAGAGGCUGAGUUUGAUGAUGGAGGAGUUUUAGUGGAUGGAAAUGUGAAGAUAAUAACUGCGAGUCUCAUUUCACUCGAGGACAGAAGUGAAAUUGAUCGUGGGAAGAGGAAACAAAUUGUUGAGGAAGAUAAGAAUUCUAAGAAUAACAAAAAGAGGAAAAAUUCUCAAAGGAACAAGAGGCAAGAAGUCAGGUUGCUUGAAGAUUAGGUAAAUAAUGCUCUUGCUAAGUUUUGUUUCUUUGCUUGUAAAUACUUGUUUUGAAAAUAUUUCUUGAUUAUACCCUAUUUUGUCUGCUUUGAUUGGAUGCCAAGAAAAUGUAGCAUGGAAAACAAUCUUUCAUAUAGGAAAGGAAAAACAUUUGAUAUUUCUAUAUUUCUAUAUAUUUACUUUACCUUUUUAUGUUUCCUCCCAGAUUACUGCAGGCAAAUAUAUACUUGUGGUUGGACAUAUUUGAUGGUCUGAAUCGAAAAUGGAAAAGAGAAGCAUUGCUGGGAAUGCUUUGCCUGAAUUUUUUUAUGUUUUAUCUUUAGAUUCUAUUUCAUAAUUUUGUCCUAUAUAUGAAGUCUACUACAUUUCUCCGUGUUUAUAUCCCAUGCCUAUUGCCUAGAUGUUGUAAUAAACUUCUAUGGAUGUUCUUUGUUUGAUGUUCCGCCUCUUCAUCACAAUCAAUGUGCAAAUAUUUU